AUGGGUUUUGGCCUCCAUGAACUCAUCAACGUCAAGCCGACGGACAAGUGCCCGCUCUGCAGCAGCAAGACACNCCAGCCGCGACUGACCCGCGAGCACCUGCUGACCUGCCGUCCCAUCAAGCGACACAACGCCCUUCGCGACGAGAUGGGCCGCCUGCUCAGGUACGCCACCCUCUCCCAUGUCUGGGUGGAAAAGUCUGGCUACAACGCCAACGGUCAGAGCUGCCGCAUCGACCUGCACUGCCGCAACCCCUUUCCCGGCGGUGCCCUGGGCCCAGCUCUGCCCGACCUGGGCAUUGACGUGACUGUGCGCACAGCCCAACCCCCGACCACCUCGCAAGCCUGCAUCAAGGUGGGCGCUGCCCUUCGCCGAGCCGAAAAGGAGAAGCGCGACUACUACACCGGUUUCAACCAUGGAAAAACUCUGAUCGUCCCUGCGGCGAUGACGACAACCGGUGGGUUCGCCUCCUCCUUUGUGGAUCUGCUUGGUCAGCUCGCCCGCUGCGCCGAGGCCCGUGGUGUGUACCAGCCGGGGCUGGAUGAGGCCUUUGUUCCUCGCUGGAAGGGUCGCUUUGCGGCGCUGGUCCAUCAGAUGAACGCUGACCACAUCCAGCGCCACUUUGGCGGUGUCUGCCUGCGCUCGUCGUAG